CCCUUGUUUCGAUGAACGGCGCGCGGAACCCGCGAGGACAGCCGGUUGCGUGUGUUGUAUUGUCAGUUAUUUCCCGGCAGUGCUGCAGUCAACUGUGAGUGUUUUCAUCGUUCUUUACAUUUAUUUUCUUUAUCGUUUCACGUUAUUUAGAAAUAAAAGUCAGUGUUUUAAUUGUCAAGGAAAUAUUUCUUUUUCAAUAAUUGUCAUUAAUGUCAUUAAUCAAAAAAAUCGAUUUUUGAGGUUAAUGUUUGCGGAGAAAAGCGCGCGAACAAAUUUUCCCCAUUUUCCAAUAUUUUCUUUCUAAAUUACCAAAAGAAAAAUGGUAUGAAUAGUGUGGAAAAACGAUUAGUGACAUCUAUCGUGAGUGAUUUGAAUAGUGGGGAGAAAAAAAUGAGUUUUCCGGGAAAAAAUUUUCCCUCCAUUCCGCCAUUUUGUUUUUUGAAAUUGGCAGUUUUUUAACGGUCGUUUUGUCAAGAUGAACAUUUUUCGCGCAGUGUUAGUUAAAUCGUCGUGUGAAAAACUCGUGUGUCGUGUAUUUUAAUAGUGUUCUCGAGUCAUCGCGAUAUCGUCGUAAUGUUUAUUAAUGAAAUUAUUUAUGUAUUAACAUUGAAGAAUGUGUUUUUUGUCGGAUUGUAAAUCAAAGAAAAUUGCAAGUUGUGAAUAGUGAGGAGGAGCGUUUACAUUGUUUCCUCGUGAUGCCUGCUUCUUGUAAUUAUUAUAUUACGCAAGUCGAGGGCAGUUUAUUUUUCUCGAGUUAUGUGUGCGGAAGCGGUUAUCGACAAUCGUUACUUAAAAAAAUUUGCAAGUUAAAGAAACAAUUCGUUCGCCAUAUUUUUUACCCUCGAAAUUUCGCCCUUGAUUUUUCUAAUUUUGUUCUAAGAAUUAGAAUUCCAGCGAACUAAUCGACUAAUUUGGAUAAAUAAUUAUUGAAACAUAACCUAUGAACAAACAAUGGAAUUGAAGUUCAGUGUCGCAAUUAGAAUUUUUCUUUUUGAUUUUCAUGAAUUGGAUCCAUGCUUCAUUGCUUGCGGUUUGUUUAUGUAAUAAAACUGGUAUUGAACGUGCGAAAACUGCAGAACAAAUUGCAAGGUUAUUCGAUGUACGUAAUCGUGAUUUAGAGGACGAUGAAGAGAUAAAUUUUUCGAGAUAAUAGUGACAAUUAUUUGACUUUUUUCGAGUCUAAUCUAUGCGGGUAAUCGGGAGUGUUUUAAUGACCUUGACAUACGUGUGUGUGGAAAUAUUUUAGUGAAUUUUUUUUGCGAAUAGUGCAUUAUUUUUGAGGUUAUAAAGGACUCUUUUUUGAAAAGUGAAAAUACUGAUGUGAAACGAUGAAAUAGAAGAGUAAUGAGUGGAAUAAUUGAAAAUCGAGUUUAGAAGUGAAACGGGAAGAAUUAUGGCACGAGAGGAAAUGAAAUACGAUAGUCGUCAGUGGUCAAGACUGAUCUAUGUCAGAUGUUGUGAAUCGUGAUGUCAGCAUUUGAAAGAGACGCUUUGACAGUGCUUGAGGAUUCAAGGUGACGAUCUGACGGAUAUCAUCGGAGAAUAUUAUCAAUUUUAUCAUCAGAAGAAGAAAGAUGGCUUACGUUCUUUGGCGAGUUUUUAUGAGGAAGUACUCGAAAGUUCGUCUGGGAAUAAGAAGUUUGCCGGUGAUCCCAGUGGAGCGUCGAGCAUCCGAAAAGGACGAGACCUGGACCCUAGCUAAGGAAAACGACGACUCCUCUUCUACAUCGACUGCAGACACCAAAGAUCAAGAAUCGAAAGAUGUCGAGAAACAGUCGCAGAAGUCAAAUGAUGAAAAGCCUCCAAAUGACGGCGAGACAAUAACAAGAGGUCACGAAACAAGGAAAAGUAAAGCGAGAAGAGUGAAGAGUUAUCUGAAGAAGUGUAAGGGCGCCCUGUCGAAAAGCGAGGACAAUUCGGUUGAGAGAAAAAGGGAGAAUUGUAGUUCCUGGUAUUUGAAGGAUUCAAAUAGCAGCAAACCAGAUAUUUCCGAAUUGGUUACAACUGAUGACGACCUUGAGGAAGCAAUCUCAUCCGUCGAUGCAUCAGAAAUAAACAAGCACGAUAUUCAUGAUUCGGAGAAUUUAGAGAAAGGACUCGAUGAAUCAGGGAAUGAUUUCGAUAAGGGCAGUAAAGGUUCACUGUACGAAGAUGCAAGCGACAUUGGCGUUCUUGAAAAGACCACGACGACGACGAAGACGACGAGGGAUCCUGAUAACCUUGUCGAAGGUCCAGCAACCGAGGAGGAAAUCGAGAAGGAAACCGUGAAGGGAACCGUGAAGGGAACCGAGAAAGGAACCCAGAAGGAAACCAAGAAGGAAACGAAGAUUCAGGAUAAUAUUAUGAGCAAGUGUGAUUCCAGCGAUAUAUUGAUAGUGAAUGUGCCGGAAGUUUCGACGACGACGACGACAACAACAACAACAGAUAUUGUGGUGGAAGUUUCUUCGAGUUUACAAUCGGAAAUUGAAAUUUCCAGCAAAAAUCAUUUGGAUACUGAUGGAAGUGAGGAAGUGAUGGAGCUGCCAACUGCGAUCAACUUUGGGACUCGGGGAGACGCCGCCUCAUUGGUGCGCAUUUAUCUGGGUCCAAUUUACGGUGAAGAUGUGCUCGACCUUUUAACGAGACAAGCUCGGGAUAUUUUGGUGUGUGCAUAUCAUGGAAAUCUCGAGAACUUUGUCAAGAGUUACCUGUCACCUGCAGCCAAUCUACUCGAGGAAGUGAAGCGGAUUGCAGCCGAAAGGGGAAAUGAAUCUGUGGUUCCUAGGGGUUGGCCUUUGACUUUAAAUGGAAGCGGUCUUGUCCUGCGAUUAGGCGAAGUUGAGGCUUCAUCAUUACGUCUUGGGGAAUGUUACCUUUGCAUCAGGAGUGCAGCUGCUGCGGUUGCAACUGCGAAAACUCCUUCCGCAACGGCAACAUCAGCAGACGCUGAAAACGUGGAAGAAAACACUGUUGAGAUAGCCCUUGUGUGGCGAGCCUCGUCGAUGCGGGCCCCGGGGUUCCUCGGCUGGGACCGGGAGGACGAGUUCAUGGAUUGGCGCGAUACAACGAACAAAAUUUCCUCCUCAUCGAGUACAGUGGUCCAACAUCAUCAUCAACAUCACCACCACAAUACAAAUCAUCAUCAUCAUAAUCAAACAACAUCGGGUCUAUCAAAGUGGCGACCACGUCGAAGAUCGCGCGAGGAAACUCGUACGCGAACACGUGAGACGAGCGCCGAUAAUAAUCCCCACGAGAGUAGCAGGUCAUCAGAGAGACUUGAAUGCUCACGUGUACUCGAAAAUAAUCAUCAUCAUCAUCAUAAUCACCAUCAUCACGAUCUUGCUGUUGUCAAAUCAAAAUCAUCGUCAAGUGUAUCUGACACGUGGAGGGACGAUUUGAGAAAUAGCGAAAGUCGUCGUUCAACAAGUAGCAGUCGAUGCAGUGGCACAAAUAAUAAAUCUAGUCUCACAAGUGGUAGUGAAUUUAUCAACAGCAAUAAUAAUAGCGGCAGCAGCAUUGAUUCAAGAUCACGUGUUAGGAGGAACGCCAAAGUUGUCUCAUCAUCAACAAUGGAAAAGUGGAAGGAGACAAGUCGAUGUGAGACGAGAUGUCGAAUACUUCAUGCUGUUGAUAUUAAAACGCCGUCAUAUUUGGAGAAUUUGAUUUGUAAGGAGUCGGCCAGGUAUCAGGAGGCUGUUGAGAGAUUGGAGAAUAUUCAUCCCGAUCAGAUUGCUGACGAUGAACUUCCGGCUUAUAUACAAUCGCUUCUUGUUACUGUCGAGAGGAAAAUUGAGAGAGUUUCAUUGGAUGAUUUAACAUUCCCUUGUACUGCGUGCAGAAAUAUUGACACUGAUGAUCCUUUACUUGGAUGUCGUUGCGGUAAUGAGUCUUGUGAUUGUGGAAACGAUAAUUGUGAGUGUAAUUCGGAAAAGGAGGAAGCCAGGACGUUCGAGGUCGCUGGGAUCAAGCAUAUUGACAGUGAUGACGAGGAGGAAGUGCGGAUGGGUUUCGGUACAAAGAAGAAAAUAGAAGACGUUUCACCUCCCAGGACCAUUCACGAUAUAUCCGAGCAUAUUUUAAAUUGUGGUCUCACACUGCCUGGCUACUCGGAUUCUUCAGGGCGACCAGUUCUGGAGUUCGACAGUAAUGUUAAAAGGACAGAGACUCUCUCCGCACGGGAAGUGGCGUCCUUUCUCCUCUACCUCACUCGUUUACCAAGCUCCGACCAAACAAAAGAUGGCUUCACGAUUCUUCUCUUAGGCAAACUUAAUGAAAAUGUGGAACUUCUAGACCGGGCCCUAUUUUUAGUACAGGCCAAAAUCAAAGUACCUCAGGUCCUCCUUCUGCAACCAAUGGAAGGUGCGAUCAAUCCUUUCCCACGUAGUCAAAUCAAGACCAUCGUCCUGGACCAAUCGACCCUGGACAAAUACAUCCCUAGGCGAGAAACGAAUUACAGUCAUGCUCAAUGGGUAGCCUUUUACAAGGAGUACGACAGCCUGAUGACCGAGUGGCAGGCUGCAGGACGACGGUUAGCUCUGGAAAUGUCUGAACUCAAGGAAUGUACAAACCUGUCCGGAAGUCUGACAUCCCUGAGCCGACUACUUGCCGACCCCACAUCGAGAAGAACAGCCCGUGAUGCCGAUGAGACGAUGACUUCCCUCGAGGAACGUGCUGUUCCACUAUCACAUGUGGACAACGUCAGAUUAUCUUUGGAGCGAGCGCAGAGACUAUUGGAGGAAGUGGGAACAGUCGCCUCGAGAUUGGAAUCAUCAUUCGAAUCACGACGAGCAACCAUCAGAAAUCUCGCCGUUCUUCGCAGUAUUGAAGACCAAGCACGAGAGAUUUUGUCCUGGCUUUGCAAAAAAGGUGAAGACAUUCUUUCGAAACACGCUCAACACGCGGCUUCGACACAUACAAUCGCACGAGACCACGAGAGGGAAUUCGAAAAGUUCUACUUCACGUCCAUGAGACAUUUGGAUAAAGGAAGCGACCUUGCAGAGGCAGCGAGCGCAAGUGGACUUCGCGAGCUCGCUCGAUCGUUGAAGCAUCAUUUGCGUGGAUUUAGCGCGAGAUUGGAGGACAGAAGGGAAUAUCUUGAGGAUACAUCGAGAUGCUGUUUGCUCCAGGACAGGGCGUACGAAUGGGCCCAAGAGGCGAAAUUAGCCGGAGAACGACGGGCACAGCAAUUCCUCAUGGCAAGACCGCCGCCACCUCCCGAACAUUUCACCGAAAUGAUGGCAUUAGCGGAGAAACUUGGCAACGAAAUACUCCUCGAGCAAUGUCGCAUUGCAAAGAGCAAAUGCAACGAGGCACUCGAAUUCACCAGGGCGUGUUCCGCGCCCGGAAGUCCUGCCCGAAGACGAUCCUAUGGCGCGUCCGACUCGGCCAACUCCUGGGAUGAUUCUCUAAAUAAACGCACUUCAUGGGACGACAGUGACAGUGGAGCAUCAUACGCUGGACCAAUGGAGAGCAUUGGUUCCGGAAGUGGUGGACGACCAGUUCUAGAUAAUAUUGCGGAACUUCGUGAGAGUGCCGAGCAACUUUUGGAUUGUUCACCACCGAGAACACCGCCACGAAGUCCAGCACCAAGAAGAUUGGUGAAGCCUCCAGUAAAUUCACAUCUUCAUCGUGCUCCCAGCAUCGCUCCAGGAAUGAAGGCUAAAAAAACAAUACUGCUCAUAAUGAGGGAAAUGAUACAGACUGAACGCGACUACGUCAAGUCCCUUGAAUACAUAAUAGAGAAUUACAUACCGGAAUUGGUGCGUGAGGACAUUCCACAAUCGUUGAGAGGCCAAAGAAAUGUUAUUUUCGGUAAUGUGGAGAAAAUCUAUGAGUUUCAUAGUCAACAUUUUCUGCGCGAAUUGGAACAAUGUGAACAAUCACCGAUGAUGGUUGGUCAAUGCUUCCUCCGACAUGAAAAGAAGUUUUACCUAUACGCCUUGUACAAUAAAAAUAAGCCGAAUUCAGAUUCCCUUAUGGCGGAAUAUGGAAGUAAUUUUUUUAAAGCAAAACAAAUGGAGCUCGGUGAUAAAAUGGAUCUCGCAAGUUAUCUUUUGAAACCAGUGCAAAGAAUGGGAAAAUAUGCAUUGCUUCUUCAGCAAUUGGUGAAAGCCGGUACUGAUCUAUCGGAUCAGAUAAUCAAUGGUGAUAAGGAUGAAAAAGACGACAGUGAUGAGGCAAAACCAAUGGUUGAAGGUGAAGCCGAUUUAAGAGCAGCCGAACAAAUGGUGCGAUUUCAACUUCGACAUGGAAAUGAUCUUCUUGCAAUGGAUUCACUUCGAGAUUGCGACGUGAAUGUAAAGGAACAGGGGAGAUUGCUGAGGCAAAAUGAAUUCCUGGUUUGGCAGGGCAAGGGUAAAAAAUGCCUGCGACAAGUGUUCCUCUUCGAGGAUUUAAUUUUAUUUAGUAAAGCCAGACGUUUUCCCGAUCGAAAGAAUCUCGAUAUUUAUAUUUAUAAGCACAGUAUCAAAACGACGGACAUUGGAUUGACAGCGGUUAUUGCUGAUUCGCCGACGAAAUUUGAAAUUUGGUUCAGAAAGAGAAAACCCGGUGAUACGUACACGUUGCAAUGUGCCAGUGAGGAUAUCAAGAAGGCGUGGACCGAGGAACUUAGUAAACUUCUCUGGAAGCAGGCGCUUCGAAACAGAGAAGUGCGCCUGGCGGAAAUGUCAAGUAUGGGAAUAGGAAACAAACCCUGUUUGGAUAUUCGACCUAGCGCUGAUCAAAUUAAUGAUCGAUCAAUCAGCGUCGCUCAGUUAUCGAAAACUCCAAGGUUCAGGAAUUCGAUUGCAAUAUCGAUGUCGGAUGAUUCCGGUCGUUACAGUCGACGACCUCACAGUGUAAUAUCAGUGAGCUCGUCAUCUAGCAGCGGAGGCAGCAGUGGUCCACCAAAUACUCUCAAUCUCGGUCUCGACGCGAGUCCCAGACCUCAUCACCGAAGCACUACCCUUAAUAGUCAAUGUAGUGUCGAAAGUGGAAUAAUCGCGGACAUUUCAAUUGUCUCGGACGACGGUGGCGAUGGAACGGACAGAAGCCACUGGAAUUCAACACUCGAGAGUCCAACAUCACAAAUGCCAUCAAGUUCAACUCCACUUCAAUCGCCCAUCAGUUCAACCUCGACGCCAGUUACCUCACCUUCAUCGUCCGACGCCAAUCUCACUCCCUACGAUCAAGACAUGUCCAUUAAUCUCUGAGAACAAGCGAAUUUAGAAAAAGACCACGUUUCUCAUUAUCAGGUACUAUUUGAAAGUAAUGUUUAAUCAGCCUGAAAAAAAGAAAGCAAAAAUAGAAACAAGGUCAACUUUUUUAAAUAUAGUCAUUUAUUAAAUAAUAUUAAUUAUACAAAAAAGAAAAGAAAAAUCAGAAACUUAUUCAUUGUUCCUCGUGUAUUGAAAGUAGUAAGUCACAAGCUUUUUAAAAAAAAGAAUGUAUUUUCCAGAAUACUUUCAUACUCGAAAUCGAACAAUUUGAAGAAAAAUUUUUUCUUUUUAAACAUCGGUUACCGAUUUACUGACGAAAAAAAAACAACUGACACUCUUGAGAAUAAUAGCGUUAAAAAUAAAUUUUCGUCCCUAGUCAAACAAGAAAAAAUCGGGACUAUUCUCAAGAAUGUCACAAAAAAUCAACGCACACAUACCAUUCUUGUAAUAUAAUGUAAUAUUAUUAAAGGUUUAUAUAACAUAAUACAACCACUUGCUAUACAUAUAUAUUAUAAAUAUAUAUUAUAAUUUCCAGAAUAUAUAUAUGUAUAUCAAAUAUGAAAUAUUAUACAAUAUAUAUUCUUACGUCAAGUCAAAAAAAGAAAACAUUUUUUUUAAUCGUAAUCUAAAAAUAUUAAAUAAUACAAUUUUAUCUCUUAUUUUUUUGGCCUGUAAGCAAAAAUUUGUCCCUCGAAAAUAAUUAGUUUUUCUAUAAUUAUACAUUUUAAGGCGAUGUGGGUACGUUUUAGAAGGGCUUGAAUAAAAAAAAACAAAGCUCAUCUCAAGGCAAAGUUCCACACGCAUACAAUUAUUUUUCAUAAAUGUAUUUUUUAUACGGAUGAUGAAUUUUUAGGGUGCAAUGAUAUUUUCGAAUGUUCUCUAAAUCCAAAUAUUUUUAAAGACAAUCUUAAAAUGUUAGAAAAAAAAACAACCACAAAUAGAGAACUUACGAUAAAUCAGCAUUAUUUUUUUCACGAAUUUCAGUAAAGUAAAAAAAGUUAAGUGAAAUUUGUGAAAAAGAAUUGGAAAAUAGCGAUGGGGAAUAAAAAAAAAAAGAAGUCAUCGCCUCUUUUUUCCAAGAAAGAAAAGUUGCUUGCGUAUAGCCAUUUUUUUCAAAAAAAAAAAAAAAAAAAGCCACGGUCUGCCAAGAUAUUGCGAACGAUAUCUUCAUGGAUAAUGACCGAAGAUAAUUAUUUUCCCUUUUUUUUAAAUAAGUCAAAUGUUUUAAUUUUCAAGUACCUUUUUAA